CCCUCAACUUUCUCUGCUAAGAACACCAUACCGGGGACAGAAGCGGAGAGAGUGAUAGUUUGAGAGAGACGUGGUGGUCGGAAAUCGAGCUUACGCCCCCCGGUGCGUCGGACGUAGGCCAAAAAGCUUUCGUAUAGUCUCUGCCUUUCUGCCUUUUCUUCCACUGUUUCAAGUGUUUGGUUUCUUCUUGGCCCGUCUUCUGAUCUGGUCUGAAUUUUUCAAUAGUCUUUUGUCCCCGUCUGUGGCUCAGGUUGUCUGACUUACCCACCUGAAAACUUGAAGGAGCUUAGAAAUAUUGUUCCCGUGAUGGGAUUUGGUAUUUGUCCAUUGGAGACCCCGACAAGGUUAUUGUGGAGUACUAGCUUCUUUCGUCACAAGAUCAUGAUCUUCUGAGAAUUAAAAAAGUAAGCUUAGAGACCAGAAUUGUCGGGGGUUGUGGGGUUUGCUUUUCGCCGGAAAAAUAUUGACGGGGGAGGAUUCUCCGACGAUCUGACACACCUGUAGAUACGAACAGUCUUCUUUUCUUUAAUGGAUUCCGGCCGUCUCUUCUUCGAUACCUCCAGCCAUGGGAACAUGUUACUCCUCGGGAACGCAAAUCCCCUUUUUCGAGGGAUGAGAUCGGUGCUGAACAUGGAGGAAAACCCAAAGAGGCGCCCCUUUUUCACCUUGGCAGACGAUCUGAUAGAUGAAGAGUUUUACGACGAACAGUUGCCGGAAAAGAAACGCCGGCUCACUCCAGAGCAGGUUAACCUCUUGGAGAAGAGCUUCGAGGCGGAAAACAAGCUGGAGCCGGAGCGAAAGACCCAGCUCGCCAAGAAGCUUGGUCUACAGCCGAGGCAGGUCGCCGUUUGGUUCCAGAACAGACGAGCUCGCUGGAAGACUAAGCAACUCGAGAGGGAUUACGAUGUCCUCAAAUCUUCUUACGACUCUCUCCUCUCGGAGUACGAUUCCAUCGUCAAGGAGAAUGAAAAUCUCAAAUCCGAGGUGGUUUCCUUAACAGAUAAGCUGCAGGCUAAGGAAGCUGCCGAGGGAACUAUGAUGGUGGGGCAGAAGGCCGAUCCUCCACUUCCAGUUACUGCCGACGGUGAAGCGGUGGUCCUUGUAACAGUGAAGGUGGAGGACCGGCUAAGCUCCGGCAGUGGCAGUGGGGGGAGCGCAGUGGUGGACGAGGAUGGUCUACAGCUCGUGGACAGCGGGGAUUCGUAUUUCCCGGCAGACGACGACUACCGCGGUUGUAUGGGCCCGGUCGAUGGCAUGCAGUCGGAGGAAGACGACGGUAGCGACGACAACCAGAGCUACUUCUCGGACGUCUUGGCGGCUGCUGAACAGCAACACCACGAGGCGGGCGAGGCCUUGAGCUGGUGGGUCUGGUCUUGAAGUCUUCUUCUACAAUUCCCCAAAUGGACAGAGCAACCUUAAUACAUGGUUUUUUAUUUUGUGUUUUGUGUAGUACUAGCUAGUUGUUUCUAUGUGUAAUCUCUCGUAUUCUCUCCCCCUUGGCUUGUUGCUUAUUUAGAAGACAAAAAAGAUGAAAAAAAACUCGAUCUCUCUCUCCGCAAAUUCAUAGCUGUACAACUGGUAAUGGGGGCGGAAGCAAGCAAUAACCACUGUUUAACCUCCGCUUCUUGGGGAUAUUAAUUAGCUUAAUUUGGGUAUGAAUAUGAUAUUGAUUUGGUCAAACAAAUUGAAUACCAAAUCAUCUAUGUAGUAGCUUAGCUAGCCUUGGCAAUGGCAAUAGUGUACUUUUCUUCUUGUUACUGUUUAUUCAAUCAAUGUUCGACUGUUCAUGGUA